UCCUGCAAAAGCAUUCGCAGUAACUUAAAAAGAUCUCUGUAGGUCUGUAGCCGUUUCGCUAAAUAGAUAACCGACUAAUGGGCGCUGAACAGAAAGCCGCUGCUGUAGAAGCCACCGGCGGCGGCGACAAGAAAGAUGACGCCAAGGUUGUCUCCGUUUACAAGAUGGACAUGCAUUGCGAGGGUUGUGCGAAGAAAAUUAAGCGCGCUGUUAAGCAUUUAGAAGGUGUGGAAGAGGUGAAGACAGAUUGUGAAGGCAACAAACUGACGGUGACCGGGAAUGUAGACCCGGCGAGAGUCAAGGCGAGGCUGGAGGAGAAAACGAAGAAGAAAGUGGAGAUCGUGUCUCCUCAGCCUAAGAAAGACGGCGGCGAUAAGAAACCCGAGCAAAAAGCCGAGAAGAAACCGGAGGAGAAAAAACCCGAGGAGAAGAAACCACCCAAAGAGAGUACGGUCGUUUUGAAAAUCAGAACCCACUGCGAUGGAUGCAUUUCAAAAAUAAAGAAGAUUAUCUUGAAAUUCAAAGGGGUUGAUAGCGUGACAGUGGACGGACCGAAGGACUUGGUCACGGUGAAGGGGACAAUGGAAGUAAAGGAAAUGGUGCCUUACCUCAAGGAGAAGCUCAGGAGGAACGUGGAUGUGGUUCCCCCUAAGAAAGAGGAAGAAAAUAAAGGAGGCGGCGAGAAGAAAGAAGCAGCCAAGGCCGAGAAGAAAGAAGAAACUAAAGCUGAGAAGAAAGGAGACGGUGGCAAGGAGGAGGCGGCGGCUAGUGGUAGUGGAGCUAAGGUGGAGGUGAGCAAGAUGGAGUACUACCCAGCACCGGCACCCACUCACUGGUUCGAUGGAAUGUUUGGUCACAGUUACACAGUGGAGCCCCAACACGGGUACUACCCGGUGAAUCAGGGGUACCCGAUGAAUCAAGGGUACCCGAUGAUGACCCAUGGGUACGUACAACAAGGAUAUGUACAGCCGGGGUAUGUGAUGGAACCAGUGUACCACCAUCCAAUGCAUGCACCACAGAUGUUCAGCGACGAGAAUCCCAACUCGUGUUCCGUGAUGUGAGCAGAAGAAGAUAAUCGGACGGUGGAGAAUGGACGGGUAAAAUAACCGGCAGUGAUGUAAAUAAGUAACAGGGAGAGAAGUGAAUACAAAAAAAUUACGAAUGAAUUAAGAAUUUUGUUUUAGGUUAGUAGAGUCAUUAAGCUGUACCCGGCCGGCUGAAAAUGCCGGUUCAGUUGGUUUUGUUCUUUAAUCAAUUUACUAAUGAUAUGAUUAAGAAAACUAAGUAAAAUUUUUCGUAUUUUAAUAA